CGUGAGGUGUCACGUGGAGGCCGCUUUCCAGGACCGUGAGCAGGCAUGGCUGAGGCGGGAAAAGUCGCCUCGGGCCUCGGCCUUCCGGGAGAAGUCUCCCAGUGGCCUCUGAAGCGCUAUGGCCGCUUCAUGCUCUUGCACACCGGAGAGUCACCUGAUCCCGGCUCGGAAGCUGAUGUAGGAUCUUCGCCCACAUGGAAGGUCUUUGAAUCCAGUGAAGAAACUGGGCCUCUUGUUCUCACCAUCGUUGUAUCAGGUCACUUCUUCAUUUCCCAAGGACAGACGCUGCUGGAAGGGUUUUCACUCAUUGGCAGCAAGAGCUGGUUGAAGAUUGUAAGACGUGAGGACUGCCUUCUGUUUGGAACAACGAUAAAGAGCAGGAGCCGCAUGUUCCGAGUGCAGUUUAGUGGGGAGUCCAAGGAAGAGGCCCUGGCGCACUGCUGCAGCUGCGUGAAGACCCUGGCCCAGUACAUCACCGUUCAGGAACCUGACAGCACCUUCCAGCAGCUUCAGCAGAGCCCGGGCCCCCUGCAGGCAGGCGAAAGCCAAGGGAAGGACCCACUGCAGCAAGGGCCCUACCUGAACCGUGAGCAGCAGAUGUGUGUGGCUGCAGGCACUGGCAUUCUGGAAGGAAGGACUUCAGUGAUGCAUCUAGCUCAGACUAUCCUGACAUCAGAGAAACUGCCCCUAGCCUAUGAACAAUCUUCAUGGGGAGCAGAAGAAUUGGGCCCCUUUCUGCGCUUAUGCCUCAUGGAUCAAAACUUCCCAGCGUUUGUGGAAGAGGUUGAGAAGGAACUUAAAAAGAUCACACAGAGUUAAGAAACUAAAGCCCUGUACACACAUGCAAUUAAGGAACUGAAAUAUUUGAAUAAAGAAUAUUCUUCCAAGCA